AUGGCCCAAAACGCCGAGAAGACGCUCGCCUGUCGCCGAAAGCCGAGAACCCUUCCCACAGACGAAGCCAGCACAUCUGGGCGUCUUCGAAAAUGUCUUCGAGCGAUGAGGGUUCCUAAUCCACGCGGAAUCCUGUCUGAGAUUCAGACUCAAAAGGAGGAUAGACUUGGAAGCACCUGCGAGUGGAUUCUGAAAGACGAUCGAUUUUCUUCUUGGGCGGCAGCAAACAAAUCACGACUGCUCCGUCUUGUUGGGCCUCCUGGCAUAGGGAAGACAAUGGUGGCCACUUUUCUCGCCGAGACCAUUCAACAAAAGGUCGAGAAGACUUCAGACAAAAUGUUUGCCUACUUUUUCUUUGAUAAUAAAGGGGAGGAGAGACGAAGAACCCCGACCGCAAUGCUCCGGAGCCUCAUCUGGCAAUUACUUCUGCAAAAUGAGAGCCUAUUUCGCCACGUUGAGCCAGACUUCGAGAGACACGAGAAACGCUUUCGUUUUGAAGACCUAUUCGAAAGAUUUUCGACAAUGUGGCUCAUUUUCCAAGAUAUACUCCAGGAUGAGCAAGUUGGCGAGGUGUUCAUCCUUAUCGACGCCUUGGAUGAGUGCGAUAAAACGACUCGCAAAGCGCUGCUAAAAGGAAUAAAAAAUCUCUUUGAUACUUCAUCGAAAGGACCAGGGAGGUUCAAGUUCCUCAUAACUCAUCGAUCAGAGAUCAGCGACAUUGAAAGAAAUUUGUCAAGCUCGGGCACUGCUUUCAGAGUCAACUCUACUGACAUUGACAAGGAUCUCAAAAGCUACAUCGAUUUCAAGACCGAAGAACUCGCAAACCUGAAGGAGAUCCCCAAAGAUUUGAAAGAACGGAUCAGGAAUGCUCUGAUAACUGAUUCUGAUGGUACGUUCCUAUGGGUUUCUUUAAUGACGGCGGAGCUUGGCCGGGACAGCGUCCUGAUGCAUCGGCUCGAAGAAAGUUUCAACUAUCUCCCUUCUAAGCUCGAUGAAAUCUACGUCUCAAUUUUGGAUCAAAUACCAUUUGAACUGCAAGAUGUCGCCCAGUUCAUCCUCCACUCAAUGGUCGCUGCUCGACGCCCAUUCACGAAGAUGGAGAUAAUGACUGCAUUUGCUGCCUCUCUUCUCGCCGGUUCCAACUCACCCAUACCAUUGAAGGAUGAUAUACAAGUCUACCAAGAUAUCUUGUCGACGUGUAGCUCCAUCAUCAUAAUACAAAAAGGAGAGGAUGAAGGCAGCGAGACCCUUCGAUUUUGCCACCAAUCUGUGAAAGACUUUUUACUUAGCGCCACAUCUCAGGCCAAACAGCAGUGGUUCAACACAACCCCCGGACAUGCCAAUCUCGUUGUUUUUCAAGCAUGUUGGAGGUAUUUCAGUGCAGAGGAGUCCAAGCUUGCGCAUUUGAUCAUUCAUCAGUCUUCAAGUGAUAACGGCAUAUACCAAAUUGAGCCCAAAGGUUUCCAGUCGCAGACCUCAACGUACUCCUUCUUGAGAUAUGGAACAGAUUGGUGGCAGUUGCACGCCGUGCUCAGUUACCCUGCCGUGUUGCGGGAGUUGGAGAUCGACGUUAAGCAAACACCACCACUGCGCGACGUCUGGGCUUUGCGCGAGGCCCAAGAGGGCCAAGCCUCGGUAUUGGGUUUCUUGAUUGACAAUGGUGUUGACACCGAGAGAAGCGACAAUGAUGGCAUGACCCUGCUCUCACUAGCCGCUUCUCACGGCAACGUUGCUGUAGUCGAGCUACUCUUAUCGACGGACAGGGUCAAUGUCAAUUCAAAGAAUGAAACUGAUCAGACCCCUCUAUCCUUUGCGGCCAUGAACGGGCAUGCUAGUGUAGUCGAGCUGCUCCUAGCGACGGGGAAAGUCGACAUCGAUCCAAAAGACCUAUGGGGCGAGACUCCUUUCUUCAAUGCUGUUGGUGAGGGGCAUAGGGCCAUAGUCGAGAUCUUACUCGCAACAGAAAAAGUCGAUCUUAAUAUCAAAGAUCGAGAUGGUCGAUCUGCUCUAUCAUAUGCCGCUUUGGGCGGACAUAUCGAUGUGAUCAAGCUGUUAUUUUCGACAAGGAUAUUUGAUGUCAAUUCAAAGGAUCCAACGGGAAACACAAUCCUAUCAUACACCAUUGCAGCAAGGCGUCUUGGUCUAUUCAAGGAAUUGCUAGCAAUGAACAAAGUCGAUGUCGAUUCAGCAGAUCACGAUGGUCUUACUCCUCUAUCACUUGCCAUUUCUGGUAGCCAAGUUGCCAUGGCUGAACUACUUCUAGCGACAGGUAAGGUCGAUGUUGAUUCAAAAGCCCAGGAUGGUCGGACUCCUCUACUUUGUGCCGCUUCCAGUGAUCAAUUGGAUAUGACCAAGCUGCUCCUAGCGACAGGAAAGGUCGAUGUCAACCCACAAGACCGAUCUGGUUCAACCCCUCUAUCACACGCCGCUUUUGGUGGGAGUGAUAUUAUGAUUGAGAUGCUACUCGCAACGGGUAAGGCCAAUCUCACAGUCGAGAAUUAUUUCAAUCAUACGCCUUUGACAUUGGCCGCAACAGGAGGAUGUUUGUCUACGUUGAAGCUACUGCUAGCAGCUGGGAAGUACAACAUCAAUUCACAAAACCGGAUUGGUCGGACGAUCUUAUCCUACGCUGCCCUGACAAACAGAGCACAUACUUUCAGCUUUCUUCUUUCCCGUGGGGCUUCAGAUACCCCAGAUAGCGUUGGUCGAAACCCUUUAAUGUUUGCUGCCUUGAGAGGAGCGCACCACAUUGUUAGCCUAUAUCUUACUCGAAAUCUCUCAGCCCUUGACGAAGAAGAUCACUAUGGCUCAAAUGCGCUUUCGCUUGCUAUACGACAUGACGAAAUGGCAGUUGCUAGGCUGUUACUUGAUACCGGGCGAUUUUCAUUGGACUCUGAAGAUCGCUUUGGGCGGAGUUUGCUUUGGUGGGCUCGGAUUUCCAGGUCCAUUGAGAUUGAGCAUUUGCUCCUGGACGCAGCAGAGAAAAUUGGUCUUUCUCUUUGCCUCCCCGACGGCCAUGCUAUUGCUGCUUACAUGAAAUCUGUAGCAAGUUCGAGGUUCAACGCAGUGUGCACCGUGUGUACCCUGAUCCUCUGCUCCUGGUCUAGAGGCUAUCACAUUUGUGAAAUUUGUAUUGACGGAAAGUUUUCUAUAUGUCAGUAUUGCUACGACAUUGGAGGGCGAUGUCUUGAUGACGACCACGAAUUGAUUUGGAUGAAUGCGGAAAUGCUCCGAAAUCAACGGAACCAAAGAUGCAAAGGCGGCCCAGGUGAUCGUUGGUAUUGA